AUGAUGGGAGAGACGUCGACGGGACCUGUAGCACUGGCAAACAAUGUUCAACAAGGGCAAUCUUUCUUGGAGGCUACAAAACACUCUGUGUGUGGGGAGAUUCCGGCAAGUCAACCGCUGCAAAUGAGGAGACCAAAGUUGAUUGAAGGAGAACUAAGCUUCAUCUUUACGGAUUUAGAGGUAAAGCGUUUGGUAGAGGAUUUCAGAUUUGCCUUAGUUCUUAAAUUCUUAUCCUUUAGACGGAACAUCGAUCUGGUUCGAGCGGCCAUAGCCAAAACUUGGGGGCUGCGGGAGGUUCCUGUGGUUAGUCAUAUGGAUGCUUCAAACGUUUUGGAGAAAAGGAAUGUCACGGAGAUUGAAUUAGGGAGAGAUAGAAAUAUGGAUGAGGAUAGAACUGUAGCUUCGAAGACUAGUGGGAUCGAAAUUGCUAAGCUUGGAAGAGAAGAAGAUCAAGGUGUCAAAGAAAAUGCUGAGGAAUUACAAGAGGACUCUAGGGAUCAUGACAAUGCAGAUGAGGCUAUUACAAUGUCAGAUAAAGAGGUGGAAGGAAUGGUGGAGAAAUUGGGAAAUAUUCGUGAUUGUAUUUUAGAUUCUGAACAAAGGGCUAAUGGGCACCUAAAGAAAACAGUACAUAAGCGUGGAUGGAAAACUUUGGAUCAUGUGGGUGAUGAAGUACAUGCUAAUUUGAUGAGUAAAAGUAACCAACAAAUCACUUGUCUGGUGAUAGAAGGUAAUUACCGGAUGCUGGUUUCUUUUACUUAUACGAAAUGCACGGCUGCAGAAAGAAGAUUGCUCUGGUUAAAAUUAGAAGAGGUGAAUUAUUCACAUAUUCCCUGGGUAGUGGUUGGAGAUUUUAAUAGUAUCAGAAAUAAUUCAGAAAGGCAUGGAGGCCGACCUCGACCAAUGGGUGCUAUGGAGGACUUUAAUCAGUUUAUUGACAAUUGUGGUUUGAUGGAAAUACGCCAGAUGGUAGGGAACCUUAUUCUGGUGUAA